AUGCAGUGUCAGAGGAUUAAGCUCUCCGUUCGUUCAGAGAACAGUACAGAGAGGGGGCAUGGAGAUGGUCAGCCUGUGGUGAUCCUUCUAGGUUGGGCAGGCUGCCAGGACAAAUACCUGGCCAAAUACAGUGCAAUCUACAGUCAGAAGAAUCGCUCUAAAGCCUCUCUUGGUCUGAAGAGUCGUUGGGAGUGAGUGGCGAGUUCUCUUGUCAU